AGUGACACCAUUCGACAAAAGACAGGGUCAAGCAUCAUCACAGUUUGACCGUGUACCCAGACGUUUGACCAGUGCCCAAGGAAACGAGGCGGAUACGACUUCCUCCUCUCUAUUCCUUUACUUUUUCCUAUACCCGUCAGCCGUGCAGCGUAACUAGCGACAACCUGCGUUGUUGCAGGCCACCAGCCAUUCGACAUGGCUCACUUCCUCCCCUCCACCCUCGCCCGUCGACCUACUUCGACGUCUGGCCUCCUACAAUCACAACUCAACUCGGCCCUGUCCCCGUCAAGAACACAUGGCCCCUCCUCACUGCGGAAUGCCGCCGCCGGUGCAUGCCAAACCCGAUCCGCGACGUACGUCCACCGCCCGCGGCGACCCUACACCUUCACCCAACUCAUCCAACUCACCGACGGGUCCACCUUCACUGUGCGCACCACCUCGCCCGUCGCCAUGCACCGCGCCGACAAGGACUCGCGCAACCACAUGUUGUGGCAGCCGAGUGAGAAGAGUCUCAAGAACAUCGAACUCGACGAGGCCGGUAAACUCGCCGCCUUCCGGCAGCGUUUCGGCCGCGGGUUCGACCUUGCAGAUGCCAAAGAGACCGCCGAAGGCGCCGAUGAGGCAUCCUCUAAGGAGGCGGCGGAUGGAAAGGAGGAAACAUUUGACUUGGGUGAUCUCAUCAGUGGCUACGCCCCGGCUGUGACCCAGGCAGCACCCAAGAUCCAUAGAGCGGCGGGCAAGGGAAAGAAGAAGUAAUCUGAUGGAAGGGCAUUACUCGAUGUAUGUGCUUGGGGCGUGGAGGCUCAAAUGGGAAAUAGGUUGAAGCCGGAAGGUGCGCCGGAUCAACGCUUCGAGGUGUGAAGUGUGAGCCUCUCGAGAAUGCGAAGAUUAGCCAAAGAAUGCGUUGAAUGGUGCAUUGUACGAUGGAAGCCCGGCGAUAGGGAGUCUACUGUCUUAUAUAUGUACAAUACUACUUCCCACAGAAGGAACAACAUUACGUCUGUGCAAGUUGCAUGGUAAUCCCAUUGCCUCCUAAGAGAAGUCGUUGGCUCUCACUCUU